AUGUGGAAGGUUGUGUCGAAGGGACCUCCGUCUCUUCCUGGGGAGUACGCAAAGGUGAAAUCUCGGAUAGUUUCGAAGUCCCUCAACCCCAAGUUCGAUCAGAAGUUCAAGCUGUACCUCGAGGGAGGAAACUUGAGCGAUCACGGGGUGUAUCAGAACCACUCUGCCCCUUUCACCAUGUUGCGCGUACAAAUGUUCGACAAUGAUAAGCUCUCGCUCGACGACUUCAUGGGUGAAAUCAGAGUUCCACUCUGCCCCCUCAUGACUUGCCGUACGCUGGAGGGAUGGUUCGACCUCGAGGAUCCGGAAGGAGCCUACGAGGAGGAGGAGCCGGUGAAGGGGAGGGUUUACCUCCGGCUCAAGUGGAAUCGAGAUUGUCUGCUGGAAGGGAGCCUGCGGCCCAAGGGGAAGCAACGAGAGAUCAAGAUCAGCGACCUCGACUCUCCUCUCGCUCCCUCCCGUGGGAUGAAUGUGCAGAACAAGUUCCUCGACGACGAGGCGAGCAUCAGGAAUGGUAUUGCUGUGUACACGAACUCGAUUCCGAAGCACUUGAACGUCAAACUUGGAGCUGCUCGGGUGGAGGAGGGAGAGAAAGGAGCGUCGGAGGGCAGGGAGACAGCGAACGUGGAAAUCUACAGCCCUGCCAUCAAGCAGAAGGAGGAGGCUGAUGCUGAGACUCCCAUCGAUAAGAUGGUGAAGGACAAGUGCAAGCAAGUCAAGGACGGGCUGGACCUGCUCGAGAUGAAGAGGAAUGAGCUUCACGCCAAGAUGAAUCAGAUGCGCUCCAACCUCUUCAACCGCACGGCUGCCCAGCAGGACGAAAGUGAUUGGGUCAAAGGCGUGUUCACGCUGGACAAGUCCAUAGACCAAGUGGAGGAAGCUCCUUCCAACAUCGAGAUCAGAAAUGCGUUGAAGCAAGUCCAGGAGAGUUCCUUGCUGCUCAGGAAGAGAAACAUGUUGCUGAAGCAGAGCUUGGAGAAGGGCAGGGCCCAGCAGCGAUUCGAGCUGGCGAGGACAGAGGAUGGCAUGCUUACUGUUGUGAAAGCUGACGGAGAUACGGAGAGCGAGUCUCUCAAGGAAGGAGAUGUUGUGCAUGCGAUGCAGGGUCAAGAUGUUGCUAUCGUGACGGAUGCUGAGGUCUUCUCUCUACUCGAGAAUCAUGCUACCGUCGUGGUCACAGUGAUCCGCGACUCGACUACCUCCCUCGACCUCGAUGUCACUGCGAGCAGCCUCGUCUUGGUCGACUCGCAGGUCGCCCCGUCGCAUGCUUCACUGUCGAGGUCCAACACACUUGUCAAAGAGCUGCCAAACCACGACGAGGUUGUCGUGCUGUGA